AUGAGCAUUAGUCGAGGAACACAAGACGCGCAGAACUUGAUCCAAUACAAACUUCAAAGCGAAGAUGUGUUGACCAAGUCCAAGGACCUAUCUCCACAGGAUAUCUCCAACUUAUUGGUUUGCGUGCCAGGAAUUCCUCCUCAUUAUCAAUGGGAGAUGGCAACGCAAGAACUCCCAUUUGCAGGUCCAGUCAUGUCGUUUUUACUUGGAAGAUGGAAAGCAAUGGUAGAACGUAUUGAUACUGUCAUAUCGUGUACAACGUUCGAGAUGGAGCCUAUAUCUGCCACUGCCCUACCGAAAUUCAUAGGGAAAGGCCUUGAACAGUUCUGUAUUGGUCCUUCCGUAGACCUUACCCCACCUCAUCAGCCAGAUCCCGAUUCGCCUGUCACACAAUUUCUCGACCGUGCGUAUGCUGAAAAUGGCGCUCAUUCAAUUAUCUACAUUUCUUUUGGGACACUCUUUUUCCCUCUUAUGGACUCGAUACCUCAUUUGAUGGCUGUUCUCGAUGAAAUCUCGAAGUUUGGAUAUAGAUUUAUAUUUGCUUUAUCAUCAGCAAGCGCGACCCUUGACAAGUCGUGGAUGGAUGGACAUAUUGACGCAGGAAAUGCGAUAUUUCCUCAAUGGACCAACCAAACUGCGGUUCUUGAACACCCUGCCAUUCACUACUUCUUGUCUCAUGGCGGGUGGAACUCGACCACCGAAGCGCUUGUUCGUGGUGUCCCAAUGAUCUUCUGGCCGAUGGGGGCCGACCAACCUACAAAUGCUAUACAAAUCGCCGCUGUUCAUGAUUGCGGUUUUGAGCUCCUACAGGUUCGCACUGGGCCCGCCAAGUUUGUAGCCUACCAAAACGGCAGGGAGGUCGAGAUAGUUGGUACCGAUGACGCUGUGCGCGACGAGAUGGGGCGAAUACUCAAGAUGAGCAAAGGGACACGAGGCAGACACCAGCGAAUGAAUGUUCGAAUGCUGGGUAGGGUUAUUACUGAGUCUUUAGGACCGGGGGGUAGUGGGGAUAUUGCGCUUGAAAGACUGGGCGUGAAGUUGGGUCUUGUGUAA